AUGGAUAAGGAGGUCUUCCUAGGUGCUAGUGAUUCAUCUCUAAUGUCUGAUGUAACUGGAGUUCUAAGAGCAGCCAUCAAGCUUCCUUUAAGAAAUAGGAAACUCACUGUCUCGGUCACAAUCCUUCUGCUUAUUCCCUUCUCCAUCCUGGUUAUGUUUCAUGCUGUCUUAGCUGGGCCUCUGCUACAAAAGCUUGAGGACUUCAACAAAAACCAUUGUACAGCCCAGAAAGAUGCCUGGAUCUUGGUUUGUCUUGAAUUUGCUUUCUCACUGGUCUUCUGUGUUAUUUCUCUGUUUGGAAUGACUGCAACUAUUUGUUCAUCUGCUGUGACUUACCAAGGUAACAUUAUUAGAGUUAAGGAGUUGUUAUUGAUGAUCCAAGAGACUUGGAAAAGGUUGAUCAUUACAGGGCUAUAUGUUUUGCUUAUCACCAUUGCUUAUGUGUUCCUAUGUCUGGUAAUGAUUGAGGCCUUCAUUCUAAUUACUGCAAUUGGUGCCAUUGGUACAUGGAAUAUUAGUAUUGUGGGUUGUUCUGCUUCAUUAGUGUAUCUAUACCCAGCAACUGUUUUUAUGUUGGGUCUUGUGAUCUCAAUUCUAGAGGAUUGCUAUGGAAUGAAAGCAAUUGGAAAAGCUAGAGAACUCAUCAAGGGGCGAAAGAUUCAAGGGCUUUUUGUCUUUGUUGUCUACACUCUCUUCUAUUAUGAAUGCAAGAAGGGUCAAGAAGAGAAUGUACAAAUUGAAUUGUGGACUACAAUUUUAACACCAUGA